GUGAGCGGCAAACCAUAGAGCGACGGGAAGGAAGGGCCGAGGAGGAGGAGGGCGGCGGCUUGGAUUACGGGUCCUUCUUUGGGCCAAGCGCCUUCACAGUCGUUUGUUGUCGGUAUCCCCCUUUUUUUCUCCGGGGGUUGUGCCGGCUUGGCCAUGCCUCGCUAUGCCCAGCUGGUGAUGGGGCCUGCGGGGAGCGGGAAGAGCACCUACUGCUCCAUCAUGGUCCAGCACUGCGAGACCCUCAACCGUUCGGUGCAGGUGGUGAACCUCGAUCCGGCAGCGGAGCACUUCGACUACGACGUCAUGGCGGAUAUCCGAGAGUUGAUUGAGGUGGACGAUGUCAUGGAAGACGACUCCCUGCGGUUCGGCCCCAACGGCGGCUUAGUUUUUUGCAUGGAAUAUUUUGCAAACAAUUUCGAUUGGCUGGAAGAAUGCCUCGGUCAUGUGGAAGACGAUUACAUUCUGUUCGAUUGCCCAGGUCAGAUUGAACUCUACACUCACUUGCCUGUGAUGAAAACACUUGUAGAGAAGCUGCAACAGUGGGAAUUCCAUGUCUGUGGUGUUUUCCUUGUCGAUUCUCAGUUCAUGGUGGAAUCUUUUAAGUUUAUUUCUGGUGCGAUGGCAGCUCUUAGCGCUAUGGUUUCCUUAGAGAUUCCGCAGGUCAACGUCAUGUCCAAGAUGGAUUUGCUGAGCAAGAGAGCGAAAAGCGAGAUCGAAAAAUAUCUGGAUCCUGACAUGUAUUCUGCCUUGGACGAUUCCACAGAUAUGCUCAAAAGCCGGCAGUUUAAGAAAUUAACCAAAGCUAUCUGUGGCUUGAUCGACGAUUACAGCAUGGUUCGCUUCCUGCCACUGGAUCGCUCCGACGAGGAGAGCAUCAACAUCGUCCUGCAGCACAUUGAUUUCGCCAUUCAAUACGGGGAAGACCUGGAAUUUAAGGAGCCAAAGGAAACAGAAGAAGAUAAAUCUUCGGCUUUUGACGAAUUCUUCCAGGAGGGAGUGGAUGAAUGACAGUUUUCGAUUCCAUUUCAAAUGCACAAGAAAAGGUGUCGCGUUUUUCCAUGCUGCAUUUCAAAAUUCACAAACUGUUGGGAGCAAUCGAAGAACACGGUUCUUUUUACCCACAAGGGGUUUAACCUUAAAAAAAACAAGAACAUGGAUCGCGCCGCAAAGUUUUAUUUUUGGAAGACCUUAACGUCUGCAUUGUAAGAAAUAAAUUAUUGUGUUUCGUU